AAUUGGAGGGAUCGCCGGCAUAGUGCAUGUUUUUAAAUGUGCAUCUAAUCCGAUGAAGCCUAGGUGGGGAUUUCUGUGGGAUCCCAGGACGGGCUUAGCUGCGUUUUUGCUGAGAUUAGGAGAGGAAAGCAAUGGGAAAUUCACUGGGGUGCGUUAAGGAGCCGAAAGAUUCAAAAGCUAUUCCUGAGAAGGCUCCCAUAUCUCCUAAGAAAAGGGUUCGGUUCAAAAGGAAGUGGAGGGGGAAGAAAACCCCUACUCCAGAGGUACCUCGUGAGGAAGAACGCUCGCAAGGAACUGGAGUCAUCGAACAGACGGAAACCCUAACGAAGUUAACAGUGAGUCUCCAGGAGAAGGAAGGAGUGGGAGGGGUAGAGCCACCCCCACCAGACAUUUUACUGCCUGGGGACUCAGCCCCCAGCUCAGGGGUGGGAGAUCAGGGGAUGAUCGUGCAGGUGAAGGAGAGAUUCCAAGGAGAGAUCCAGACCGCUCACCUUUUGUUAGAGAAUGAGUCAUCAGUUGCCGGAGGGGUCUGGGAUUCCCUGGAAGAGGGGAUGACUGUCAUCGCUCACCUGCUUGAUAACCCUGCAGAAAGGAACUGCGAGAAGUCGGUGAGCCAGUUGGUGGAAUUUCCGAGGACAGCAUCCUGCAGCAGCAGGGCUGUGCUGCUGCCUUUGCAAAGAGGGUCUGCAGUGGAGAAAGGGGAUGCUCAGCUUGGAUUUGGAAGCAGCACUUUCCCCAGGACAGACUACCCCACUGACACAGGAAGUCAAGACCAACUUUCUGAGGGCCGGAGUGUGGGGGGAGGAACCAAGGGUACUUUAAGCUCCCCUCAGGCCGGUUCCUGGAUUACGGAACAUCCAGUCCCUUCAUCACUACUAGACCAGUCAAGAGGCCAAAACUGCACAGAACCUGCCCGUGUGGGUCGAGUACCCCUCCAGGUUCCCAGACUGCCUGCUUCUCAGAGUGAUUUGUCCAUCAGUGGCAUGACUGUGAGCAUUUUACCCUCCUCCUCCGGCUAUGGCAGUGAUGGGCUGCCCUUACAUGGGAUCCAGCCUAAAGAUACAGAGCCUGAAAAGAGCUCCACGUCCUUCUCAGAAGAGGACGGCACCCUUUCUUUGGAGGCAAGCCACACCCCAUCCUGGGGUCUGGAGGAGAUCUCUGACAUCUACAUUAGUGGAGAAUCAGGGGACAUGUCAGCUAAGGAGAAGCUACUCCUGUGGACCCAGAAGGUGACAGCUGGUUACACAGGAAUCAAAUGCACAAACUUUUCCUCCUGCUGGAGUGAUGGGAAGAUGUUCAAUGCACUUAUUCACCGAUACAGACCUGACCUGGUAGAUAUGGAGAGAGUACAGAUCCAGAGUAAUCGAGAGAAUCUGGAACAGGCUUUCGAAGUAGCAGAAAGGCUGGGGGUCACCCGGUUACUGGAUGCGGAAGAUGUGGACGUGCCAUCUCCAGAUGAAAAGUCUGUAAUCACAUAUGUGUCUUCAAUUUAUGAUGCCUUCCCCAAAGUCCCUGAGGGUGGAGAAGGGAUCAGCGCUACGGAAGUAGACUCCAGGUGGCAAGAAUACCAAAGCCGAGUGGACUCCCUCAUCCCCUGGAUCAAACAGCAUAUAAUACUGAUGUCAGAUAAAUCCUUUCCCCAGAACCCUGUUGAACUAAAGGCACUUUAUAACCAAUAUAUACACUUCAAAGAAACAGAAAUUCUGGCCAAGGAGAGAGAAAAAGGAAGAAUUGAGGAAUUAUAUAAAUUAUUAGAGGUAUGGAUUGAAUUUGGACGAAUUAAACUGCCUCAAGGUUAUCACCCUAACGAUGUGGAAGAAGAGUGGGGAAAGCUCAUCAUUGAGAUGCUGGAGCGAGAGAAAUCUCUUCGACCAGCUGUAGAGAGGCUGGAAUUGCUGCUACAGAUUGCAAACAAAAUCCAGAACGGUGCUUUGAACUGUGAAGAAAAACUGACACUAGCUAAGAAUACACUGCAGGCUGACGCUGCUCACCUGGAAUCAGGGCAACCAGUACAGUGCGAGUCAGACGUCAUCAUGUACAUUCAGGAGUGUGAAGGUCUUAUCAGACAGCUGCAGGUGGAUCUCCAGAUCCUACGGGACGAGAAUUAUUACCAGCUGGAAGAGCUGGCUUUUAGGGUCAUGCGUCUGCAGGAUGAGCUGGUCACCUUGCGUCUAGAGUGCACAAACUUGUACCGGAAGGGCCAUUUCACGUCACUUGAAUUGGUUCCCCCCUCUACUUUAACCACUACUCAUUUGAAGGCAGAACCCUUGACCAAAGGAACCCAUUCUUCUUCUACCUCCUGGUUCCGAAAGCCCAUGACUCGUGCUGAACUUGUGUCUAUCUCCUCCUCUGAAGAUGAAGGCAAUCUCCGAUUUGUGUAUGAAUUACUCUCUUGGGUAGAAGAAAUGCAGAUGAAACUGGAGCGGGCAGAGUGGGGCAAUGACCUGCCUAGUGUGGAGCUGCAGCUGGAAACACAGCAGCACAUCCACACCAGCGUGGAAGAACUGGGCUCAAGUGUCAAAGAGGCCAGGCUGUACGAGGGAAAAAUGUCCCAAAAUUUCCAUACCAGUUAUGUUGAGACUCUUGGAAAGCUGGAGACACAGUACUGUAAAUUGAAGGAAACUUCUAGCUUCCGGAUGAGGCACCUUCAGAGCCUGCAUAAAUUUGUCUCCAGAGCUACAGCUGAGUUGAUCUGGUUGAAUGAGAAGGAGGAGGAAGAACUAGCAUAUGAUUGGAGUGACAACAAUCCCAAUAUCUCAGCCAAGAAAAAUUACUUCUCUGAGUUGACGAUGGAACUGGAGGAGAAACAGGACGUGUUUCGGUCUCUACAAGAUACAGCCGAGCUGCUGUCACUUGAGAACCACCCGGCCAAGCAGACUGUGGAGGCGUACAGUGCCGCUGUCCAGUCCCAGCUGCAGUGGAUGAAGCAGCUGUGCUUGUGUGUGGAGCAGCACGUGAAAGAGAAUACUGCUUACUUUCAGUUCUUCAGUGAUGCACGAGACCUGGAGUCAUUCCUGAGGAACCUCCAAGACUCCAUCAAACGAAAGUAUUCCUGCGACCACAGCACCAGCUUAUCCCGCCUGGAGGACCUGCUGCAGGACUCCAUGGAUGAAAAGGAGCAGCUUAUACAGUCCAAGAGUUCUGUUGCCAGUCUGGUUGGGAGAUCAAAAUCCAUUGUUCAGCUAAAGCCACGCAGUCCCGACCACACGCUAAGGAGCACCAUUUCUGUGAAGGCCAUCUGUGACUACCGGCAGAUCGAGAUCACUAUUUGCAAGAAUGAUGAGUGUGUAUUGGAAGAUAAUUCACAGCGGACCAAGUGGAAAGUGAUCAGCCCCACAGGGAAUGAGGCAAUGGUGCCAUCGGUCUGCUUCCUCAUCCCCCCACCCAAUAAGGAUGCCAUUGAGAUGGCCAGCAGGGUGGAGCAGUCUUAUCAGAAGGUGAUGGCCCUUUGGCAUCAACUACAUGUGAACACCAAAAGCCUUAUCUCCUGGAACUACCUGAGGAAGGACCUAGACCUUGUAAAGAUCUGGAACCUGGAAAAGCUUCGUUCCUCAGCACCAGGGGAGUGCCACCAGGUUAUGAAGAACCUGCAGGCCCACUAUGAAGACUUUCUGCAGGAGAGCCGUGACUCGGCGCUCUUCUCAGUGGCUGACCGUCUGCGCUUGGAAGAGGAGGUGGAGGCUUGUAAAACCCACUUCCAGCAUCUGCUGAAGUCCAUAGAGAACGAGGACAAAGAGGAAACUGUGGCCAAGAUGUACAUUUCAGAGCUGAAGAAUAUCCGGCUGCGCCUGGAGGAGUGUGAACAGAGGCUAAUCAGACGACUUCAGUCCCCAGCCAGCUCUAAGGCUGACAGAGAUGCCCGGCAGGACAGUGCAUUAAGGAUCGCAGAGCAAGAGCACACCCAGGAGGAUUUGCAGCAACUGAGGUCAGACUUGGAUGCUGUUUCCAUGAAAUGUAACAGCUUUCUCCAUCAGUCCCCAUCUGGUUCGAGUGUUCCAACUCUGCGCUCAGAACUCAAUCUGCUGGUGGAGAAAAUGGACCAUGUAUAUGGUCUCUCCACUGUCUAUUUGAACAAGCUGAAGACAAUCGAUGUUAUUGUGCGUGGCAUCCAGGAUGCUGAACUCUUAGUCAAAGGUUAUGAAAUCAAGCUGAGUCAAGAAGAAGCAGUACCAGCGGAUCUCUCAGCUCUGGAGUCGCAUCGGUCCACAUUGCAGCAUUGGCUUGGUGAUGCAAAGGACAAGAAUUCAGUGUUUUCAGUCCUGGAGGAGGAAAUUGCCAAGGCCAAGGUAGUGGCAGAGCAGCUGAGUCGUCUGACCCCAGAGCGAAACCUGGAUUUGGAGCGCUGUCAGGAGAAAGGCUCCCAGCUGCAGGAGCGUUGGCACCGGGUCAUUGCCCAGCUUGAGACCCGCCAAUCUGAGCUAGAAAGUAUCCAGGAAAUUCUGGGAGAUUACAGAGCCUGCCACGGAACUCUCAUCAAAUGGAUUGAGGAAACCACUGCCCAGCAGGAAAUGAUGAAGCCAGGUCAGGCUGAGGAUAGCAGAGUGCUGUCAGAGCAGCUCAGCCAGCAGACGGAGCUGUUUGCAGAAAUUGAGAGAAAUCAGACAAAACUGGACCAGUGUCAAAAAUUUUCCCAGCAAUACUCCACUACUGUAAAGGACUAUGAAUUGCAACUGAUGACAUAUAAGGCCUUCGUGGAAUCACAGCAGAAAUCCCCUGGCAAGCGCCGUCGCAUGCUUUCCUCCUCAGAUGCCAUCACACAAGAGUUCAUGGACUUAAGGACUCGCUACACAGCAUUGGUGACCUUAACAACUCAGCACGUGAAAUACAUCAGUGAUGCACUCCGGCGGCUGGAGGAGGAGGAGAAAGUGGUAGAAGAGGAAAAACAGGAACAUGUGGAGAAGGUUAAAGAACUUCUGGGCUGGGUGUCUACCCUAGCAAAGAAUACACAAAGCAAAGCUACCUCACCCCAGACCAAAGAAUCAACAGACAUUGAGAAAGCUAUUUUAGAACAGCAGGUUCUGGCAGAGGAGCUGACAACCAAAAGGGAACAAGUCUCUGAGGCUGUUAAAACUUCACAGAUCUUCUUGGCCAAGCAUGGUCAUAAGCUGUCAGAAAAGGAGAAGGAACAGAUAUCCGAGCAACUGAAUGCCCUGAAUAAGGCUUACCAUGACCUUUGUGACGGUUCAGCAAACCAGCUUCAGCAACUUCAGAGCCAGUUGGCCCAGCAGACAGAACAAAAGGGCUGCAGAGCAGUUGCUGGGGUGAUUGACCUAGGCACAGUGGAGAUAUUUCCCAUCUUCAGAGCCAUGCAAAAGGGCCUCAUUGACCAAGACACGGGCCUUGUGCUCCUGGAAUCCCAGGUUAUCAUGUCUGGCCUCAUUGCUCCUGAGACCAGUGAAAAGCUGUCUUUGGAGGAGGGCCUAGCCAGAAACCUCAUUAAUCCCCAGAUGUACCAGCAGCUCCGGGAGCUACAGGAUGCCCUGUCCUUAAUCAGCAGGCUUACUGAGGGCAGAGGCUCUCUUUCUGUGGUGGAAGCAAUUGAAAAGAAAAUAAUCAGUGAGAAAGUUGGACUGAAAAUCUUAGAAGCUCACCUGGCAACUGGAGGUUUCAGUCUCCCCCCUCAUGACAACUGUAUUAACCUAGGGGAGGCUUUUCACCAAGGCCUCAUUUCUUCAUGGCUUCACUCAGUGUUAGAGUCUCACCUGCGGUCAUCCAAGAAUUUGAUAGACCCAAACACAGCUGAGAAAAUCAGUUUGCUGGAUCUGAUGCAGAGAUGCAUUGUCCACCAGGAUUCAGGGUUGAAAUUGCUGCCUGUCAAGCAAUUGGCUGGUGGAAUGGUGAGCUUGAAAUCAGGCCGGAAGGUUAGCAUUUUCCGUGCAGUUCAAGAAGGGCUAAUAGAUAGGCAGGUCACUGUCCGGAUGCUGGAAGCUCAGCUUUUUGCUGGUGGCAUAGUAGAUCCAAGAACAGGACACAGACUAACAGUGCAAGAGGCUGUAAGACACAAUUUGAUUGACCAAGAUAUGGCCUGUGCUCUACUCAUAAGGCAGCUUCAGACAGGAGGCAUCAUAGACACUGUCACUGGGCAUAGGCUGACAAUAGACGAAGCAGUGAGCAAUGAUCUAGUAGCUGCUAAGAUUGCCCUUAUAAUUCUGGAGUCCCUUUGGUCAUUCAUGGGGUUACUGUGGCCUGAAUCUGGAGAGAUUCUCCCAAUUACAGAUGCCCUGGAACAAGGUAUUGUGUCUACUGAACUAGCUCAUAAAAUCCUUAGUGGCCGACAACAUAUUAAAGCCCUAUUUCUACCAGCAACCACAGAGAUUUGGUCCUGGAAGAAAGCAAUAGAGAAUGGUAUAUUGGACAAAGAUCUUGCCAAUAACUUGAAAUCAAUUUGCAUACCUGAUGUGAUGCCCCACAUGCAGUUAGCAGACUCUCUAGAACGAAGCAAAUUGAGCAUGAAUCCUGGAGUGGCCGGUCUGCUGUGCAGCCAGGGCCAAACUGAGGGCGUAGCAAGCCCUAACGAGAAGCUGCUGUUUCAGCUGAUGACUCACAGCUAUGUUAAUGUGCGCAAUGGACAGAGGCUGCUCCUGCUGGACAACGAGCUGAUAGAUGCACUGACAGCAGGAGGUGAAUGUCAAGCAGGUCCUCCAGAAAUGUUUGAAAUUGGACAUCAGAGACUAGAAACUCCUGAGGAAUUACAAGAAUCAGUGAAUGUGAAAAUCACAGAAGCUUUCUGUGAUGGGCUGACUGUGAGGCCACCUGAGUUCCAGUUCUCUUCUCAGAACAAAGAAGAUCCCGAUCAGGCAAAUUGCACAGAAGCAAAAGGCAAAAAGACCACUGUAGAAACAGAAGGUUCUGCAGAGAACCCCGAAGAGGACCUGUUUGUAGGAAAACAAAAAGUGGGAAUUCCAAAUGUUAAUACUUUGAAGGUUAUAGGUAAAGUCAAUUCAGAGUUUACAAGGCAGCUGUCAGGUAGCAAAAAGCAAGACCAAAUAGAAGUGUCUACCAGGGAAAACGCCAGCAGAGGCGUUCUCCUUAUGGUACCUCCUGAGGAAGCAGAAGAUGUGACUUUGGUGGAAGACAAAGAUCCUUCUGUUGAAUCAGCAAAGGAAGAAUGGCAGACUCUGAGAAAGACUUCCUUUAUGUGUCAGAAAGAACAAGCAAGCACACUUGAAACUGAAUAUACUCUGAGUGAAACUGGAAGACCUCUCAUAAAACCCCAGAGCAAAAAGUCACAAUUUCAGGUAGAGAGAACUCUAGUUUUAGAAUCGGAGCAAACGUCUGAAAAGGAUAAGAAUAUUCAUUCUCUGGGCAAAAAGAAGGCCUUAAAUAAGACAUCUUUGGGUAGGGAUGAUCAUAAACAAAGUCCAGAAGGGCACAGCAGGGCAGGUGGUCGUAUGGUGAUGUUAGGAAAGACAGAUGAGGAAGACAGUGGUCGUGAAACUUCCCUGUCAUGCAGUCAUCCUUUAGAAUUGCUUGAAGAAGCCACCUUAAAUAUAUUAUCCACACAAUUACUAGAUGGUGGUAUCUUUCAUGAGCAGACAGGUCAAAAGCUCUUACUAAAUGAAGCAAUAGCCCAAGGCCUCGUGACCAGUCACACUGCUGUGAAACUUAUGGGAAAGCUGAACAUGUUUCGGGGGUUCUUUGACUCUCAGACCUGUGAGUCUUUGACAACUGAAGAAGUCAUUGAUGAAGGUCUGAUGGAUGAGAAAUUAUUACAUAAUGUCCUCAUGGCAGACAAAGCUAUAAGUGGAGUCUUAGACCCCCGCACCCACACACUGUGCUCUGUGAAGGAAGCAGUUGCAGUUGGACUUCUUGACCCACAAACAGCCACCAGAAUUUUAGAGGGGCAGGUGGUAACUGGUGGAAUCGUUGACCUGAAACGAGGCAAAAAGAUUUCAGUAACUUUGGCCUCAAAUCUUGGCUUGGUGGACAGUGCUGACCAGACAGAGCUUAUAAAUCUGGAGAAAGCUUCCAAGGGCAGAGAUGCUGAAGAAACGAUUAGGGAGAGAUUAAUUCGCUUACAAAUGGAAACAACUGGAAUUAUGGACCCUGAGAGCAAAGCCCCUUUAACAGUUGUGCAGUCCAUUGACAGAGGACUUUUGGAGAGAGAGGAGGCCAUUCAGUUGUUGACUAAGCAGGUGGUAGAUGGAGGUAUCAUUCACCAUAUAUCUGGGAUGAGACUUUCUGUCAAUAAUGCCUUUAAACAUGGCAUCAUUGAUGAAGAUUUAGCCAAGCAACUCAAAAAAGUUGAGAGCUUAAGCCUCCAUCAGUUCUCUCAUCCUGAAACAAAGGAAACUCUUUCCCUCCCUGAAGCCAUAAAAUUAGAUCUUGUUACUCAGGAUUUGAAAAGAGAAAUCCAAGAAAUCCAGACCUUGACUGGAAGCUUCGUAGAUCUCAUUUCUGGCCAGAGAUUGACCUUGGCAGAAGCUGAGAAAGAAGGACUAUUAACUAACAGAGCAGUAUUGUCUUCAGGAAUGAUGAAUGGGAUUAUAGAUCCUGAGAAUUAUAGAAUUGUUCCCUAUUCAGAACUAGUAAAAAAAUGUAAGAUUGAUAUUGAAUCUGGACAGAGAUAUCUAGAAGUAAUUCCCUUCUCAGACAUUAAAGAUGGAGCAAGUGACAGAGUACUUACAUUGUCUCAAGCAAUUAAGCUUGGAAAAGUAGACUUUGCAGCUACACUGAGAGUUCUGGAAGCUCAGGCAAACACUGGGGGAAUUAUAGACACGGCCACGGGAAAAAGACUGACGCUGGCAUCAGCUUUAGAACAGAAAUUAGUAGACGAAGACAUGGUCAGAAUUAUUGCAUCCCAUCAGAUGUUAGAUGGAGGAAUUAUUGACAUAUUUAAUGAUCAGAGAGUGACUUUAAAGGAAGCUAUCGAGAAAAAAUUUAUCAGCCCUGAAAUGGCAACUAUGAUCCAAAUCGAUAUCUUAGAGGGCAGUGAUCACCAGGCUCCAAUUGAAAAGCAAGAUGGAAUUGAAGUAUGUGAACUACAGAAGGAAUUUCUAAGAAAGGAAAUGUUAAUUGCUUGUAAUCAGACAGCCGAAAUGAGUUGUGGUAAAGCAGAAAGUGAGAAAUUAUUUCAAAUUGAAAAUCAGUCUGCCCAAGAAAAGGUUAAAGUGAGCGUUUCUAAUGGGGAACAGCCAGAAAAGAGCAGGGAAAUUUCAUUAAAGAAAUUGGAAUGCAAGACUCAAGAUGAGAAGAGAUCUCCAGAUGCUAAAGAAUCUGGCAGUAUCAGAAUUCCUGGUGAUCGUAAUGGUAAAUCACUGGGCCAAGAUUCAAUGACACACCCUCAGUCAGAAAUUUGUGAUUUUAAACCCAAAGAGGUGACACAAAUAGAAAUUAUUUCUCACAUGAAAGAGUCUAUAUCAGGCUUAGAUUAUAAAGAAAUAAGGGAAAACCAAGGAGAAACUACUUCAGAAGGACAAGCACCAAACUAUAAAACUUCCGGCAGAUUGCUGAGUCAGCGGGUUACGCAGAAGCCAGCGCAUACCAGGGAGAAAAGUAAGAGGCGGACGAGGGAGACGGCUGCAGAAGAAAGUGUUGAAACAUGCAAACCAGCAGGUCUUUCAGAAGAAAAGUUGAAUCAGGAAACUGCCAUUAGCGAUGACCGUGACUCCAGCAUGAAGAGUCAGCCUAUGGCAAUAACAGAAAGUGAAAAAGGCAAAGCAGCUGAUAGAGAGCUGGGAUUUUCUAUUGUUUGUGAAGCUGAAGACUCUUCUUCCCAAACGACCCUCAGAGGAAUUCCUGUAAGAAAUCAAGAUUCUAAUCAAGUCAGUGAAGAAGCCAAAAAUUUAAGCUUCUGCUUGACUUUAAACCCAGAAGAAAAUUUAUCUCAAGAAAUUACUAGUGGAGCCCAGAAUGAAAUACCCUCUUCUUUGACCCCAAGACCUGAAGGAUUGCACUACCAGGAAUCAGUUGGAAAAGCCCAAAUUGCAGACACAUCCCAAAUUUUCACUGCAGACAAGUCUUUCCAAGGAACCACCAGACAGGAGACCAAUUAUUAUCAAGAUUCUUGUGUUACUUUUAAGACUAGGGAAACCAAAGAUCUGACUUCCUCAUCUAAUGAAUAUAAAGAAAAAUCACACCAAGAAGUACCUUUUGACUCAACAAGAGCUGUUAAAUUGGAAGAAAUUAGAGUAGACUCCAAAGAAGUCACUUACCUGGAAUUCUCAGACAGAAAGGGCCUUCAUCGCCAGGACAACAAAAGUGAUCAUGAACGUUGCAAAAUUCUUGAAUCGGAAAUAGUAACAACUGAGGAAGUAACUGGAGAGAAAUUUCUAAAAAUGUCAAACCCUAUAGUCACAUGUAGAGAAGCAGUGUCCUUUGAAGGCAUAGUGGCUCAGGGAGUUCCCAGAGUCUCAGUGUCCCUUCUUCCAGAGAAACUGUUAAAAGAUGUUUCUCGAAAAGAGAGUACAGGGCAACAGGCUGCCACCAUUAGUCCCACUAUUCCAGAGAGCAGUGAAGAAGAGACGGUACCUCUCAUAGCCUGCCCUGCAGUGAAGAUGGAUGAGAAGACACUACAGGAAAGGCUCAGAGAGAGCCCUGGCAGUGAGCAGACCCCCUUCGUCACUGCACCCGGGGGAAAGGGAAAUGACAGUGUAAACCCAGAACCCUCCAGAGCAACUAAAAAUGUAUUUAACCGGCAACUCUGUCUAGAACAUGAUGAGAAGUUGGUAUCCUAUCUGUCUGUUUUACGAGACAUUGAAAUGAGGACCAAACAGAUUCAACCUGUAGAGCUAAACCUGGCAGAGCUACAGGACCUGUGGUGUCAGGCCAAGGUAUUAGAUGGGGAGCUAAAGGAUCUGUCCACGUUGGUGAGUCGGGAAUUGGAGUGUGUGAAUCAGAUUAUCAUUAGCCAGCCUCAAGAAGUCCCAGCUCAACUGUUGAAGGCUCUAGAGAAAGAUGCCAAGAAUCUUCAAAAGUCCCUCAGCUCUGUGAGUGACUCCUGGAAUUCCAGGCUGCUCCAUCUCCAGAAUGCUGUGGAAGUAAAAAAGACUAGAGUGUUAAAUCAGUAUGAACAGCUAGAAAGCAAACUUCAAGAUCUGAGAGCCUGGGUUGGCAAUACCCACCUUCUCCUGAACAGCGAGGACUAUGACAAUGAAACGGAUGCUGACAGCCUGAACCACAAUCUCCAGCAGUGUGAGGAUUUGAAACAGUCCAUGGUUGAGAGGAAGUCUCAGCUGGAUGCACUUGCCUUUGACAUUCAGUUCUUUAUCUCUGAGCACGCCCAGGACUUGUCCCCUCAGCAGAACCGACAGAUGCUAAGGCUUCUGAAUGAACUGCAGAGGUCCUUCCAGGACCUUGUGGAGCAGACUGCAGCCCAGAGGGAUGCCUUGCAGGGCCGUCUUCAACAAAUGGAGCAGGCAGCCCGGGUCAAGACCCUGCAGAAACAACAAAAUACCUGUCACCAGAAGCUCGAGGAUCUUUGCAGCUGGGUAGGGCAGGCAGAAAGAGCAUUGGUGGGCCACCAAGGUCGAGCCACCCAGCAGGAUCUCUCUGCUUUGCAGAAGAACCAAAGUGAAUUGAAGGAUUUACAGGACGACAUUCAGAAUCAUGCCGCCUCAUUUGCCAGUGUUGUCAAAGACACUGAAGGGUUUCUGGAAGAGAACCAGACCAAGCUGAGCCCCCAUGAGUUGACAGCUCUCCGGGAAAAACUUCAUCAGGCCAAGGGACAGUAUGAAGCUCUCCAGGAAAGGACGAGGGUGGCCCAGAAGGAGCUGGAGGAAGUAGUGACCUCAGCCUUGCAUCAGGAGACUGAAAAGAGUAAAACAGCAAAGGAACUGGCAGAGAACAGGAGUAAGAUCGAUGCUCUCUUGGAUUGGGUGGCUUCAGUGGGAUCAUCGGGUGGACAGAUGGAGCAACUCUCAGGAGCGAACCUGGAGGAAGGAGCCCUGGACACCACUGAUGGUCACACAGGGAUGAACCAAGCCCCAGAGAAGCUGGACAAGCAAUGUGAGAAGAUGAAGGCCCAUCACCAAGAAUUGCUGUCUCAGCAGCAAAACUUCAUCCUGGCCACCCAGUCAGCUCAGGCCUUCCUGGACCAGCAUGGCCACAAUCUCACAGCCGAGGAGCAACAGGUGCUGCGAGAGAAGCUGGGAGAGCUGAAGGAGCAGUAUGCGGCUUCCCUGGCCCGGUCAGAGGCGGAACUGAAGCGGGUGCAGACGCUGCGGGAUGAGCUGCAGAAGUUUCUGCAGGAUCAUCGCGAGUUUGAAAACUGGCUAGACCGGUCUGAGAAAGAGCUGGAGAACAUGCAUAAGGGAGGCAGCAGCCCCGAAGCCCUUCCCGCCCUGCUGAGGCGGCAGGGGAGCUUCUCGGAGGAUGUGAUUUCUCACAAAGGAGACUUAAGAUUUGUAACUAUCUCAGGGCAAAAAGUCUUGGACACAGAAAAUAGCCUUGAGGAAGGCAAAGAAUCGUCAGCAACUGGAACCUUAGUGAAAGACAAGCUGAAGGAUGCAACAGAAAGAUACACCGCUCUCCAUUCAAAGUGUACGCGACUGGGCUCUCACCUCAACAUGCUGCUAGGCCGGUACCAGCAGUUCCAGAGCAGCGCUGACAGCCUGCAGGCCUGGAUGAAGGCUUGUGAGGCUGACGUGGAAAAGCUCCUCUCAGACACCAUUGCCUCUGACCCUGGGGUCCUGCAACAGCAGUUUGCGACGACAAAGCAGUUGCAGGAGGAAUUGGCUGAGCACCAAGUACCUGUAGAAAAGCUCCAAAAAGUAGCUCAUGACCUCAUGGAAAUUGAAGGGGAGCCAGCCCCAGACCGCAAGCAUGUUCAAGAAACAACAGAUUCCAUACUCAGCCAUUUCCAAAGCCUCUCCAGUAGCCUGGCUGAGCGCUCUGCUCUGCUGCAGAAGGCAAUUGCCCAAUCUCAGAGUGUCCAGGAAAGCCUAGACAGCUUGUUGCAGUCCAUCAAGGAAGUUGAAAAUAACCUGGAAGAGGAACAGGUGGCAUCGCUGUCAUCAGGAGUCAUCCAAGAAGCCCUGGCCACUAACAUGAAAUUGAAGCAGGACAUUGCUCGGCAAAAGAGCAGCUUGGAGGCCACCCGUGAGAUGGUGACCCGAUUCAUGGAGACGGCAGACGGCACCACAGCUGCAGUGCUGCAGGGCAAACUGGCGGAGGUGAGCCAGCGCUUCCAACAGCUCUGUCUGCAACAGCAAGAAAAGGAGAGCUCCCUAAAGAAGCUUCUGCCCCAGGCAGAGAUGUUUGAACAUCUCUCUGAUAAGCUACAGCAAUUCAUGGAAAACAGAAGUCGGAUGCUGGCCUCUGGAAAUCAGCCAGAUCAAGAUAUUGCACAUUUCUUCCAAAAGAUCCAGGAGCUCAAUUUGGAAAUGGAAGACCAACAGGAGAACCUGGAUACUCUCGAGCACCUAGUCACUGACCUGAGCUCCUGUGGCUUUGCACUGGACCUGUCCCAGCACCAGGACAGAGUGCAGAGCCUCAAAAAGGACUUUGCAGAGCUGCAGAAGACAAUUAAAGAGAGAGAGGAAGAUGCGUCAUCUUGCCAGGAGCAAUUGGAUGAAUUCCGGAAGCUGAUUAGGACUUUCCAGAAAUGGCUGAAGGAAACUGAAGGGAGUAUUCCACCUACAGAGACUUUCUUGAGUACUAAAGACCUGGAAAAACAGAUUGAACACCUGAAGGGUCUCCUAGGUGACUGGGCAAGUAAGGGAACUUUGGUAGAAGAAAUCAACUGCAAAGGUACUUCUUUAGAAAAUCUCAUCAUGGAGAUCACAGCACCUGAUUCCCAAGCCAAGACAGGUUCCAUACUGCCCUCUGUAGGAAGCUCUGUAGGCAGUGUAAACGGAUACCACACCUGCAAAGAUCUGACGGAGAUCCAGUGUGACAUGUCAGAUGUAAACUUGAAAUACGAGAAACUUGGGGGAGUACUUCGGGAGCGCCAGGAAAGUCUUCAGGCUGUCCUCAGCAGAAUGCAGGAAGUUCAGAAGGAGGCAAGCUCAGUGCUGCAGUGGCUGGAAUCAAAAGAGGAAGUCCUGAAAGGCAUGGAUGCCUCUUCAUCUCCAACCAAGACAGAGACAGUGAGAGCCCAAGCCGAAUCUAACAAGGCCUUCCUGGCUGAAUUGGAACAAAAUUCUCCAAAAGUCCAAAAUGUAAAGGAAGCCCUGGCUGGAUUACUGAAAACAUAUCCCAACUCGCAAGAAGCAGAAAACUGGAAGAAAGUGCAAGAGGAGCUCAAUUCCCAGUGGGAAAGGGCCACUGAAGUGACAAUGGCUCGGCAAAGGCAGCUGGAGGAAUCUGCAAGUCAUCUGGCCUGCUUCCAGGCUGCAGAAUCCCAGCUCCGGCCCUGGCUGAUGGAGAAGGAACUGAUGAUGGGAGUGCUGGGGCCCCUGUCUAUUGACCCCAACAUGCUGAAUGCACAAAAGCAGCAGGUCCAGUUUAUGCUGAAGGAAUUUGAAGCACGUAGGCAACAGCAUGAGCAGCUGAACGAGGCAGCUCAGGGCAUCCUAGCAGGCCCUGGAGAUGGCUCUCCAUCCACCAGCCAAGUACAGAAGGAACUCCAGAGCAUCAAUCAGAAGUGGAUUGAGCUGACUGACAAACUCAAUUCCCGUUCCAGCCAAAUUGACCAAGCUAUUGUCAAAAGCACCCAGUACCAGGAACUACUCCAGGACUUGUCAGAGAAAGUGAAGGCAGUUGGACAGCGACUGAGUGGCCAGUCAGCCAUUAGCACCCAACCUGAAGCUGUGAAGCAGCAAUUAGAGGAGACCAGUGAGAUUCGAUCUGAUGUGGAGCAAUUAGACCACGAAAUUAAGGAGGCACAAACCCUCUGCGAUGAACUUUCAGUGCUCAUUGGUGAGCAGUACCUCAAGGAUGAGCUGAAGAAGCGUUUGGAGACAGUUGCCCUGCCUCUCCAAGGUUUAGAAGACCUUGCAGCUGAUCGCAUGAACAGACUCCAGGCAGCUCUUGCCAGCACCCAGCAGUUCCAGCAAAUGUUUGAUGAGCUGAGAACCUGGUUGAAUGACAGACAAAGCCAGCAAGCAAAAAACUGCCCAAUUUCUGCAAAACUGGAGCGGCUACAGUCUCAGCUACAGGAGAACGAAGAGUUUCAGAAGAGCCUUAACCAGCACAGUGGUUCCUAUGAGGUGAUUGUGGCAGAAGGAGAAUCCCUGCUUCUCUCGGUGCCCCCUGGAGAAGAGAAGAAGACUCUACAAAACCAGCUGGUUGAGCUCAAGAGCCACUGGGAAGAGCUUAGCAGAAAAACUGCAGACAGACAAGCCAGGCUCAAGGACUGUCUGCAGAAAGCUCAGAAAUACCGGUGGCACGUGGAGGACCUCGUGCCAUGGAUAGAAGAUUGUAAGGCCAAGAUGUCUGACUUGCGGGUCACUCUGGACCCCGUGCAGCUGGAGUCCAGUCUCCUGAGAUCAAAGGCUAUGCUGAGUGAGGUGGAAAAACGUCGCUCUCUGCUGGAAAUACUCAACAGCGCUGCUGACAUUCUCAUCAACUCUUCGGAAACAGAUGAGGACGAUAUUCGGGAUGAGAAGGCUGGGAUCAACCAGAACAUGGAUUCCAUUACAGAAGAGCUACAGGCCAAAACAGGGUCCCUUGAAGAAAUGACUCAGAGGCUCAAGGAGUUCCAGGAAAGCUUUAAGAACAUUGAAAAGAAAGUUGAAGGGGCCAAACAUCAACUCGAGAUCUUUGAUGCUCUCGGCUCUCAAGCCUGCAGCAACAAGAACCUGGAGAAGCUGAGAGCCCAGCAGGAAGCGCUGCAAGCCCUGCAGCCACAGGUGCGCUACCUGAGGGACUUCACUCAGGGCCUCGUGGAGGACGCCCCGGAUGGGUCCGAUGCUUCCCAGCUUCUGCAUCAAGCUGAGGUCGCCCAGCAAGAGUUCCUAGAAGUGAAGCAAAGAGUGAAUAGUGGCUGCCUGGCAAUGGAAAACAAGCUGGAGGGGAUCGGCCAGUUUCACUGCCGAGUCCGAGAAAUGUUCUCUCAACUGGCAGACCUGGACGAUGAGCUUGACGGCAUGGGUGCUGUCGGCAGGGAUGCUGACAGCCUCCAGUCUCAGAUUGAGGACGUCCGGCUGUUCCUCAGCAAAAUCCAAGCCCUCAAGCUAGACAUAGAGGCCUCUGAAGCAGAGUGCCGACAAAUGCUGGAGGAAGAGGGGACCCUGGACUUGCUGGGUCUCAAGAGGGAGCUAGAAGCCCUGAACAAACAGUGUGGCAAACUGACGGAGAGGAGUAAAGCUCGCCAGGAGCAGCUGGAGCUGACCCUGGGCCGAGUGGAGGAUUUCUACCAGAAACUGAAAGCUCUCAAUGACAUGACCACAGCGGCUGAGGAGGGAGAGGCCCUCCAGUGGGUCGUGGGGACCGAGGUGGAUGUCAUCAACCAGCAGUUAGCAGAUUUUAAAAUGUUUCAGAAAGAACAGGUGGAUCCUCUUCAGAUGAAAUUACAGCAAGUGAAUGGACUCGGCCAGGGGUUGAUUCAGAGUGCCGGGAAAAACUGUGAUGUGCAGGGUUUGGAACAUGACAUGGAAGAGAUCAACGCUCGGUGGAACACACUGAACAAAAAGGUUGCACAAAGAAUCGCACAACUGCAGGAGGCUUUGUUGCAUUGUGGGAAGUUCCAAGAUGCCUUGGAGCCAUUGCUCAGCUGGUUGGCAGACACUGAGGAGCUCAUAGCCAAUCAGAAACCUCCAUCUGCUGAGUAUAAAGUGGUGAAAGCACAGAUCCAGGAACAGAAGUUGCUCCAGCGGCUCCUAGACGAUCGAAAGGCCACAGUAGACAUGAUUCAAGCAGAAGGAGGCCGAAUAGCCGAGGCAGCUGAGCUGGCUGAUAGAGAGAAAAUCACUGGACAGUUGGAGAGUCUUGAAAACAGAUGGACGGGGCUACUCAGCAAGGCAGCAGCCAGGCAGAAACAGCUGGAAGAUAUCCUGGUUCUGGCCAAACAGUUCCAUGAGACAGCUGAGCCUAUUUCUGACUUCUUAUCUGUCACAGAGAAAAAGCUUGCUAACUCAGAACCUGUUGGCACUCAGACUGCCAAAAUACAGCAGCAGAUCAUUCGGCACAAGGCUCUGGAGGAAGAAAUAGAAAGCCAUGCAGCAGAUGUGCACCAGGCAGUCAGAGUUGGGCAGUCCCUUUCCUCCCUGACAUGUUCCACAGAGCAGGGUGUGCUGGCAGAAAAGCUAGACUCCUUGCAGGCCCGGUUCAGUGAGAUUCAAGACCGGUGCUGUCGGAAAGCAGCCCUGCUUGAACAAGCACUGUGUAACGCUAGGCUCUUCGGGGAGGAUGAGGUGGAGGUGCUCAACUGGCUGGCUGAGGUUGAGGACAAGCUCAGUUCAGUGUUCGUAAAGGAUUACAGACAGGAUGUCCUGCAGAAGCAGCAUGCUGACCACCUGGCUUUAAAUGAAGAAAUUGUUAAUAGAAAGAAGAAUGUAGAUCAAGCUAUUAAAAACGGUCAGGCUCUUCUAAAACAAACCACAGGUGAAGAGGUAUUGCUUAUCCAGGAGAAAUUGGACGGCAUAAAGACUCGCUAUGCAGACAUCACAGUCACUAGCUCCAAGGCCCUCAGAACUUUAGAGCAAGCCCGGCAGCUGGCCACCAAGUUUCAGUCUACUUACGAGGAACUGACUGGGUGGCUGAGGGAGGUGGAGGAGGAGCUGGCAGCCAGUGGAGGACAGUCCCCCACAGGGGAGCAAAUACCCCAGUUUCAGCAGAGACAGAAGGAACUAAAGAAGGAGGUCAUGGAGCGCAGGCUGGUGUUGGACACAGUGAAUGAGGUGAGCCGUGCUCUCCUAGAGCUGGUGCCCUGGAGAGCCAGAGAAGGGCUAGAUAAACUUGUGUCUGACGCCAACGAGCAGUACAAGCUGGUCAGUGACACUAUUGGACAAAGAGUGGAUGAGAUUGAUGCUGCUAUUCAGAGAUCACAACAGUAUGAGCAGGCUGCUGAUGCAGAACUAGCUUGGGUUGCUGAGACAAAAAGGAAACUGAUGGCCUUGGGUCCAAUUCGCCUGGAACAGGACCAGACCACAGCUCAGCUGCAGGUACAGAAGGCUUUCUCCAUUGACAUCAUUCGACACAAAGAUUCCAUGGAUGAGCUCUUCAGUCAUCGUGGUGAAAUCUUUGGCACGUGUGGGGAAGAGCAAAAAGCCAUAUUACAGGAAAAGACAGAGUCUCUAAUACAGCAAUAUGAAGCCAUUAGUCUGCUCAAUUCAGAGCGUUACGCCCGCCUCGAGCGGGCACAGGUCUUGGUGAACCAGUUUUGGGAAACUUAUGAGGAGCUGAGCCCCUGGAUUGAGGAAACUCGGGCACUAAUAGCGCAGUUACCUCCUCCAGCCAUUGAUCAUGAGCAGCUCAGGCAGCAACAAGAGGAAAUGAGGCAACUAAGGGAAUCCAUUGCUGAACACAAACCUCAUAUUGAUAAACUGCUAAAGAUAGGCCCACAACUAAAGGAAUUAAACCCUGAAGAGGGGGAAAUGGUGGAAGAAAAAUACCAGAAAGCAGAAAACACGUAUGCCCAAAUAAAAGAGGAGGUGCGCCAGCGGGCCCUGGCUCUAGAUGAGGCUAUUUCCCAGUCGGCUCAGUUCCAUGAUAAAAUUGAGCCCAUGUUGGAGACUCUGGAGAAUCUUUCCUCUCGCCUGCGUAUGCCACCACCGAUCCCUGCGGAGGUAGACAAGAUCAGAGAGUGCAUCAGUGACAACAAGAGUGCCACCAUGGAACUGGAAAAACUGCAGCCGUCCUUUGAGGCCCUGAAGCGCCGUGGAGAAGAGCUCGUUGGGCGAUCUCAGGGAGCUGACAAGGAUCUGGCUGCAAAAGAAAUCCAGGACAAAUUGGAUCAAAUGGUAUUCUUCUGGGAGGACAUCAAAGCUCGGGCUGAAGAGCGAGAAAUGAAGUUCCUUGAUGUCCUUGAACUAGCGGAGAAGUUCUGGUAUGACAUGGCAGCUCUCCUGACCACCAUCAAAGACACCCAGGACAUUGUCCAUGACUUGGAAAGCCCUGGCAUUGACCCAUCCAUCAUCAAACAGCAGGUCGAAGCUGCCGAGACUAUUAAGGAAGAGACAGAUGGUCUGCAUGAGGAAUUGGAGUUCAUUCGAAUCCUUGGAGCAGAUUUGAUUUUUGCCUGUGGAGAAACUGAGAAGCCGGAAGUGAAGAAGAGCAUUGACGAGAUGAAUAAUGCCUGGGAGAACUUAAACAAAACAUGGAGAGAGAGGCUGGAAAAGCUUGAGGAUGCCAUGCAAGCUGCUGUGCAGUAUCAGGACACUCUUCAGGCUAUGUUUGACUGGCUGGAUAACACUGUGAUUAAACUCUGCACCAUGCCCCCGGUCGGCACUGACCUCAACACUGUUAAAGAUCAGUUAAAUGAAAUGAAGGAGUUCAAAGUGGAGGUUUACCAACAGCAGAUUGAGAUGGAGAAGCUCAAUCAUCAGGGUGAACUGAUGCUAAAGAAAGCUACUGAUGAAACAGACAGAGACAUUAUACGAGAACCACUGACAGAACUCAAACACCUCUGGGAGAACCUGGGUGAGAAAAUUGCUCACAGACAGCACAAGCUAGAAGGUGCUCUCUUGGCCCUUGGCCAGUUCCAACAUGCCUUAGAGGAACUAAUGAGUUGGCUGACUCACACUGAGGAGUUGCUAGAUGCUCAGAGACCAAUAAGUGGAGACCCAAAAGUCAUUGAGGUUGAGCUCGCAAAACACCACGUUUUAAAAAAUGAUGUUUUGGCCCAUCAAGCCACAGUGGAGACAGUCAACAAAGCUGGCAAUGAGCUUCUUGAAUCUAGCGCUGGAGAUGAUGCCAGCAGCUUAAGGAGCCGUUUGGAAAUGAUGAACCAGUGCUGGGAGUCGGUGUUACAAAAAACGGAGGAGAGGGAGCAGCAGCUUCAGUCAGCACUGCAGCAGGCCCAGGGUUUCCACAGUGAAAUUGAAGAUUUCCUGUUGGAACUGACUAGAAUGGAGACCCAGCUUUCUGCAUCUAAGCCUACAGGAGGACUUCCUGAAACUGCUAGGGAACAGCUCGAUACACAUAUGGAGCUCUAUUCCCAGCUCAAAGCCAAGGAAGAGACUUACAAUCAACUGCUUGACAAAGGCAGGCUCAUGCUUCUCAGCCGUGAUGAUUCUGGGUCUGGCUCGAAGACAGAGCAGAGUGUAGCACUCUUGGAGCAAAAGUGGCAUGUGGUCAGCAGUAAGAUGGAAGAAAGAAAGUCAAAGCUGGAAGAGGCCCUCAACCUGGCAACAGAAUUCCAGAAUUCCCUGCAAGAAUUUAUCAACUGGCUCACUCUCGCAGAGCAGAGUUUAAACAUUGCCUCUCCUCCCAGCCUGAUUCUAAACACCGUCCUCUCCCAGAUAGAGGAACACAAGGUGUUUGCUAAUGAAGUAAAUGCUCAUCGAGACCAGAUCAUUGAGCUGGAUCAAACUGGGAAUCAGUUGAAGUUCCUUAGCCAAAAGCAGGACGUUGUUCUCAUCAAGAAUUUGUUGGUUAGCGUCCAGUCUCGAUGGGAGAAAGUGGUCCAGCGAUCUAUUGACAGAGGGCGAUCGCUGGAUGAUGCCAGGAAGAGGGCAAAACAAUUCCAUGAAGCUUGGAAAAAACUGAUUGACUGGCUAGAAGAUGCAGAGAGUCACCUGGACUCAGAACUGGAGAUAUCCAACGACCCAGACAAAAUUAAACUUCAGCUCUCUAAGCAUAAGGAAUUCCAGAAAACUCUUGGAGGCAAACAGCCUGUGUAUGAUACCACAAUUAGAACAGGCAGAGCACUGAAAGAAAAGACUUUGCUUCCUGAUGACACUCAGAAACUCGACAACUUACUGGGAGAAGUCAGAGACAAAUGGGAUACUGUUUGUGGCAAGUCUGUGGAGAGGCAACACAAGUUGGAGGAGGCCCUGCUGUUUUCAGGCCAGUUCAUGGAUGCUCUGCAGGCCUUGGUCGACUGGUUGUACAAGGUGGAGCCGCAGCUGGCUGAGGACCAGCCUGUGCACGGGGACCUGGACUUGGUCAUGAACCUCAUGGAUGCCCACAAGGUCUUCCAAAAGGAACUGGGAAAGCGAACAGGAACCGUUCAGGUCCUGAAGCGGUCAGGCCGAGAGCUGAUUGAGAACAGUCGGGACGACACCACGUGGGUGAAGGGGCAGCUCCAGGAACUGAGCACUCGCUGGGACACUGUGUGUAAACUCUCCGUCUCCAAACAGAGCCGGCUUGAGCAGGCCUUGAGACAGGCAGAGGAGUUCCGGGACACGGUCCACAUGCUGCUGGAGUGGCUUUCUGAAGCAGAGCAAACGCUGCGCUUCCGGGGAGCGCUUCCUGAUGACACAGAGGCCCUGCAGUCUCUCAUCGACACUCACAAGGAAUUCAUGAAGAAAGUGGAAGAAAAGCGAGUGGAUGUUAACACAGCAGUGGCCAUGGGAGAAGUCAUCCUGGCCGUUUGCCAUCCUGACUGCAUCACCACCAUCAAACACUGGAUCACCAUCAUCCGCGCUCGCUUUGAGGAGGUCCUGACCUGGGCCAAGCAGCACCAGCAGCGUCUCGAAGCUGCCCUAUCAGAACUGGUGGCCAACGCCGAGCUCUUGGAAGAACUUCUGGCUUGGAUCCAGUGGGCCGAGACCACCCUCAUUCAACGUGAUCAGGAGCCGAUCCCUCAGAACAUCGACCGAGUUAAAGCCCUCAUCGCCGAGCAUCAGACGUUUAUGGAGGAGAUGACUCGCAAGCAGCCUGAUGUGGACCGGGUCACCAAAACGUAUAAGAGGAAGGUCAUAGAGCCGGCCCACGCGCCUUUCAUGGAGAAGUCCCGUGGUGGCAGCAGGAAGUCCUUGAGUCAGCCCACACCUCCUCCCAUGCCAAUCCUUUCACAAUCGGAAGCAAAAAACCCACGGAUCAACCAGCUCUCUGCCCGCUGGCAGCAGGUGUGGCUGCUGGCACUGGAGCGGCAGCGGAGGCUGAACGACGCCUUGGACAGGCUGGAGGAGUUGAAGGAAUUUGCCAACUUUGACUUUGAUGUCUGGAGGAAAAAGUAUAUGCGUUGGAUGAAUCACAAAAAGUCUCGGGUGAUGGAUUUCUUCCGACGAAUUGACAAGGACCAGGAUGGGAAGAUAACACGUCAGGAGUUUAUCGAUGGCAUUCUAGCAUCCAAGUUCCCUACUACCAAGUUAGAGAUGACUGCUGUUGCAGACAUUUUUGACCGAGAUGGGGAUGGCUACAUUGAUUACUAUGAAUUCGUGGCUGCUCUCCAUCCCAAUAAGGAUGCUUAUCGACCAACAACCGAUGCAGAUAAAAUUGAAGAUGAGGUCACAAGACAAGUGGCUCAGUGCAAAUGUGCAAAAAGGUUUCAGGUGGAGCAGAUUGGAGAGAACAAAUACCGGUUCUUCCUCGGCAAUCAGUUCGGGGACUCCCAGCAGCUGCGGCUGGUCCGCAUCCUGCGCAGCACAGUGAUGGUCCGUGUUGGUGGAGGAUGGAUGGCUCUGGAUGAAUUUCUAGUGAAAAAUGACCCCUGCCGAGCACGAGGUAGAACUAACAUCGAACUUAGAGAGAAAUUCAUCCUACCUGAAGGGGCAUCCCAGGGAAUGACUCCUUUCCGAUCUCGGGGUCGAAGGUCCAAACCGUCCUCUCGGGCAGCCUCCCCUACCCGCUCCAGCUCCAGUGCUAGUCAGAGUAACCACAGCUGUACAUCCAUGCCAUCUUCUCCAGCCACCCCAGCCAGUGGUUCCAAGACUCCACUUCAGUUCUCUCGCUGUUAUGACAAACCCUGGUUGGUAAACAGUAAAACUGGCACCCCUGUCAGGGACAGCCACUAUCCUGACCUCCAGCUGCCCAGCCCCGAGGUUAUUCCAUCAUCAGGCAGCAAGUUGAAAAGACCAACACCAACUUUUCAUUCGAGUCGAACAUCCCUUGCUGGUGAUACUAGCAAUAGCUCCUCCCCAGCCUCCACAGGUGCCAAAACCAGUCGGGCAGACCCUAAAAAGUCAGCCAGUCGCCCCGGGAGUCGAGCAGGGAGUCGGGCCGGGAGUCGAGCCAGCAGCCGGCGAGGAAGCGAUGCCUCUGACUUUGACCUUUUAGAGACGCAGUCUGCUUGUUCAGACACUUCGGAGAGCAGCGCUGCAGGGGGCCAGGGCAGCUCCAGGAGAGGGCUAAACAAGCCUUCCAAAAUCCCCACCAUGUCUAAGAAGACCACCACUGCCUCCCCCAGGACUCCGGGUCCCAAGCGAUAACACUGUACAAGCACCCCCAAGCCUCUAUAUCCACUUUGAAUCCUGCUCCAUACAUUGGGUGUAUAUUUAUUCUCAACAGGAGAAGUUAUAUUGUUAAAAGUGUAAAAGACUAAUUGUGUUAUGAAGCUGCCUUAUUUUUUUUUUUCUUUUUGUAAGUUACUAUUUUCAUGUGAAUAUUUAUGUAGAUAAAAUUUGCCUCCUGGUAACCCUGUAAUGGAUGGGGCCCAGAAAUGAAAUAUUUGAGAAAAAAACAAGCGAAAAGGUCAAGAUGCAAAUGUGUAUUAAAAAAAAAAGCCUCUAAAUAGGGUUUCUGCGCGGUGCAGGGUUGUAAACCUGCUUUAUCUUUUAGGAUUAUUCCUAAAUGCAUCUUCUUUAUAAACUUGACUUGCUGUCUUAGCAAGAUAAAUUAUAUUAAAAAAAAUAAGAAUCCUGCAGUGUUUAAGGAACUCUUUUUUUGUAAAUCACAGACACCUCAAUUAGCAAGAACUGAGGGGAGGGCACUUCUGACUGCUUUUUCCAUUGUUUUUAAUGUUGUGUGAUUUUAGCUGAAGAGAGGGAACCUUGUCUAGGUAACGUUUGCACAUGAUACAGCAAAAGGAGUUCAUUGCAAUACUGUCUGAAUACUGUUUCAGUACUGGGUGUUUAAAGGGCAAAUAGCUGCUAGAAUUCAGGGGUAAAUGUAACUGUUCAGAAAACGUCAGAACAUUGGGGUUUUUAAGAGUCCUGGUUUGUAAAUUCCUAUCCAGCGCAGCCACCAAUAACUCCUGUGCUCACCAAGACCCAGGCCGUCGGCAAGGGAGACUCCUCGGGGGCACUGUGAAACACAGAUUUGUUUAUCUGCAUUUUUUGCUAUUUAUUUAAAAUGGUCGAUCAACUUCCCACAAACUGAGGAAUGAAUUCCACGAGCCUAUUCUAAAAACGUGGACAUAAACACUCGCUCGUCCUUUAAAGGAGUUCACCAGCACACUUGUUAACAAGUCCCGUUUGCUUCCGUCUUUUUUUGUGCGUAAUAAAGUCGGCUGACCAAGUGACCAUGAAGAGGGGCUGUCUGGGGCUCCUGUUUUUUAGCUGCUGUUCCUCUUCAGCUCCGACCAUGUUGCUGUGUGAUUAUCUCAAUUGGUUUUAAUUGAGGCAGAAACAAGCUCUACCAAUGAACUGUUUAAAAACCAGACACACUUUUGUAUUAAAAUUGCUUGCAGUAACAAA